GAGAAAGAAAGUAAGAAGAAGACGCAAAUCAGUCGAACUCGAAAAUAUAGAAGAUCCAUCCGUGGAAGAAGCUAAACAGCCGAACGGACGACGGUUGAUAAUAAGAUGAAGGAAAACGGUUUAUGGACGGUGAUCUGUAUGCUUUGUUUUGUAUUGGGCCUGAGCACUGCACAAACAUCGCAGCGCUGCCCUUCGCACGAAGCUAUCGCGCCCUGUUCCUGCACCGUGAAGACAUCCGGCUUGGACAUCGUAUGCGAGUACACGGACUCGAUCCACAUCGUCAAGGCGAUAAGCGCGCUGAAAGGGAGGGCCAACACGGUCAUCUUUUACCUGAGACUCAGACACAACAGCUUGCCGAAACUACAACGUUACGUGUUCCUCGGUCUCGAUAUCCAUCACCUCGCCAUCCACAACAGCAGCCUCGCAGUCCUCGAAGAAUCCUCCCUGAGCUCCAUCGGAACCGGCUUGACGCAGCUUGAUCUAUCGCAGAAUGCUUUGCUCUCGGUGCCAUCAGUCGCGUUGCGAGAUCUUCAUCAUCUGCUUCUACUGAACCUGAACCGCAAUAAAAUCAACGCCAUCCACGAAAAAGCCUUCGAAGGUCUCGACACUCUUACAAUUCUUUCUCUCUACGAGAACAAGAUUUCCACCAUAGAACCCGACGCCUUUAAAGGACUGCACAACAGAAAACUAAGGAGACUAAAUCUGGGUGGAAACGAGUUGACCAAGGUGCCAACGCAAUCGUUGCUCUCGCUGGAUAUGCUGAAAAAAUUAGAGAUACAAGAGAAUCGAAUUGCCGCCAUUCAUGAAGGCGAUUUCGAGGGUCUGAAAAGUCUGGAUUCGUUAGUAUUGGCGCACAAUCAGCUCCGUGAGGUACCGGCCCGUGUGUUCUCCCACUUGACGCAAUUAAACUCUCUGGAGCUGGACGGAAAUAUGAUUACCCACGUGGAUCCGGACGCGUUCAUCGGUCUCGAGGAGAACCUGCAGUAUUUGAAGCUGGGAGAUAAUAACUUGCAUUCGGUGCCGAGCGAUGCGUUACGCCGUCUACAUCGAUUACGUCACCUCGAUUUAAGAGCCAAUAACAUCACCGUGCUCCCGGAGGACGCCUUCACCGGAUACGGGGAUUCAAUUACAUUUCUGAAUCUCCAGAAGAACAUGAUAAAGGUUCUGCCGCCGUUGGCUUUCGAGAACCUGAACUCCCUGGAAGCGUUGAUUCUCCAGAACAACAAGCUGACGCAAAUAUCGGAAGAAGUCACCGAGAAUAUCGUCGACACACUUCGAAUGAUCGAUAUCGCAGACAACCCGUUGAUCUGUGACUGCGAGUUACGCUGGUACGCCACCUGGUUGAUGAAUCUGCGCGACAGAUUCGACGAGAAGAUGUUGAGCAAGCAGACCGUGUGCACGAUGACGGAUGAACACCGGGAGUACGCGCUGCAAAACAUACCUCUGGAAAGAAUGGGUUGCGUGGGGAAGAACGCUGGUCGGACCUCCUCGUCGGCCGCUGACAAUCGCGUCUACGUCGACACGAUGCUCCAACUGCUGACGGUUUUCCUCGCGGUGGUCUAACUGUCACCGGUCACAUGACCACCGACGCGCCAUCUCUCGGUUAUCGAAUCCGUUUCCCCUCGUUUGCGAAC